UCUCUCCCUUCCACCCACCAGGAGAAUGACUGGACGCCUUCUGGCUCCAACUCUCCCAUCCGCCCAGAGAGUGUGGUGGACAGUGACGGCUGGGAAUCCACCCACUCAGACCUGCACACUAUUGAGACCUUUGUGAAGAAGGCUAAGUCCUCGAAGAAGAAAGCUGCUUUCCGCCGCCUCAAGUCCGACAGCUCGCUGCUGGAGAAAAUGAAACUCAAGGACUCCCUUUUUGACUUGGACCCUGUGAGCAAGCACCCGCUGCCACCUCCGCUGGCAGGGCCCAAGGGGGCCCUGGACAAGAAGAAGGACAAGCGGAAUCGGAAGUCCGCCUUGGAGGCUGGGGGUGCCAAACGGAACCGAGGCAGUGACCCCAUCGGUGAGAAGCGUUCACGCAUCAAAAAGAGCAAGAAGCGGAAGUUGAAAAAGGCAGAGCGGUGCGAGAAGAAGCACAAGGCUUCCCUAAGCGAGACGGACUCUGAGGAGGAGGAAGGGGGUGUUCUCACAGCAGUGGGAUCGGUACCCCUGCGGCAGGGAGGGGAGCAGGGGGCGGCAGCAACAGCGCUGGUCUCUGUCCAGGCUUCCCCGGAGCUUCUGGCUGCCAGUUUCCCCAUUAAGCUGGAGGACACAGAAGGGAAGGAGGGCAUCAGUACGGAGACCAGCCAGGAUGGGGAAGGCAGCUCCAGCGAAGGCGAGAUGAGGGUGAUGGACGAGGACAUCAUGGUGGAAUCAGGGGAUGACUCCUGGGACCUCAUCACUUGCUACUGCCAGAAGCCAUUUGCCGGUCGGCCCAUGAUUGAGUGCAACCAGUGCGGCACCUGGAUCCAUCUCUCCUGCGCCAAAAUCAAGAAGACCAAUGUCCCUGACAUCUUCUACUGCCAGAAGUGUAAAGAUGGCUCCCGAAAGCACCCUCUGCUGCCAGUGGUUCCCAGCGCAGCCGCCGCCGUCGCUUCCAGGGGGAGCGGGGAGCCCUAGCACCGGAGGAGAAGGGAGGAGGGGGGAUGGAUCUGUGCUGGGCACCCACCCCAGAGCAGCAAAAGACUGGCCAGAGUAGGUGGUCUGCUCUGGAUUGGUAUCCGAAAUGAGACUUGGGUGGCUUGGAGGCAGAAAAGGAAGGUGCUUGGGACAUUUGGGGUGUUGAGGCCCCCCAAAUACCUUGAAGGUGGGAGGCAAGCGAGUUGGCUGCCUCUGCAGAAGCCACUGGUUUUUGGCUGGUGAUUACAAGCCCCUUGCCUCAGACACGCACACGCACCCCCUUUCUUUGCGGAGUUUCUCCUAGUCCAGCUCCCACGUUCUGUGAAGGAGAGUGGCUUCUCAGGCAGAGGCAGAAAUGGACGCCUUGGGAGGAGGAAGAGGAGGCAACAAAAAGAACCUCCUAGACAGUUCUAGAAAGCGCUGCGGGGGGACGACAGAGGAGGAUAAUGACGAAGAGAAGGGGCACAAGGGUCUCCGACUCCAAUUCUGGCUCUCUCUCCCACCCCCCUCCAUCCUCUUCUUGCCCCAGAGACAUUCAUUCACCUGUAAAUAGACAGAAAGCCAAUGUCUCCUCCUUGUUUCCCCCAGUUGGAAAGAUUUUCUUUAUGUUUCAGAUUCUGCCCCUUUGUUCAGGCCCAGCCAGGGAGGCGGCCUGUGUCUCCCGCAGGGCCUCAGGCUCCUGCCCAAGAAGUGGAUGCAAAAUUACUUUUAGUUUCGUUAAGCUUUGGGGGUUUUAGAGGGGGAGUUGGAUUUUUUCCCCCUGACCCCCAGUAAAAUUAAUAAUACAUAUUUUAACUGUUUUUGAGAGAGGGGAGAAGACAGCUAGAGAAGAAGCCCCCCCCCCCCCCAAACAACAACAAUGAAAGAUGUUUUGGAUGUGAUGAAACCAGUCAGGGAAAAAGCCAUUUUGAUUUUGCUGGCGUCCAUAAUUUUGAAAAAGGACAACUUAUUCACAAAUUGUUUCUGAAGCUCCUGCUGAAAAGGGAUGGAGCAAUGGGUUUCCAAAUUUGGGGGGGGGGGGCUAGAUAGCAAUAGCAGCCGCUAUUAAAGUCCUCCUUAAUCCCACUUUAAAACUUGGAAACAACCAGCCACCCCAUUCGUUCCCUGCAAGGGUUCCUGGCUCUCCCAGAAGUUACAACCUGGUGCAAAUCCCACAUGUCCCUGCUCCCAGGUUGAGGUUAGUUCUGUUUGAUGAGUUUUAUUUUUGCAGGGAGGGGGCAGAUUGAAUUGGAGUUUCGUUUUGGUUUUUUGGGGAGGAAUGUCCCCCUCUUAACCGUCCCCCCCCCCAUUUUUAUUUUUAUUUUGGUUUUGUUUUAAUAUUUGCAACUGUGUACAUGGCAAGAGUUUUCUGAAUGUAAAUAAAAGAUGUGGACCCUU